UCACCACAUGGUUUGGUCCUGCCCGGAAAGAUUUGUGUUUACAGCCUAGCUUCCACUUUAGGUUAGCGUUCGUUGUUUUACCCAUAUUAAUGUGUUUUAUACAUUAAAACGAUGCCAUUUUGAGGACUCUUCUCGGACAUAUGUAUGCGAUAUCACUAACAUGUCUUUGUUGAUAAAAAAGGGCGAUUGGCAAGUUUAGCUAUGACAGCUGGCUAACGUAGCUUGAGGUUAGCCAGCAACUACGAACACGGGCUAACUUCUACAGUCGUGGCACAGUGAUUAUAUUGAGUGUGUGUGGAUGUCCAGGUCUUGAGUGAAGGAGCACGGCCAUGGGAGCGGAGAGCAGCGCGGUGCGGAAUUGCAAACUGGAAGAGCCGCUUCUGACUUUCCCCUCUGGUCCGACCAUGUAUUCCGCUGUGCUCCAGGAUAACAAGCCCGCCUCUGUGUUUGUCCACAAGAGAGGAAGCGAAGACAAAGUCAAUAAAGCUGCCAAGCACCUGAAGACCCUGAGGCAUCCGUGUCUGCUGCGGUUUCUGUCCUGCUCCGUUCAGAACGGAGGGAUCCAUCUGGUCACUGAGCGUGUACAACCACUGGAGUUACUGCUGGACAGCCUUUCUGCUGAGGAAAUAUGUGCAGGGCUUUAUGAUAUUCUGCAGGCACUAGUGUUUUUACAUGAAAGGGGCAAAUUGAGUCACAACAAUAUAUGCAGGUCAUCCGUCUUUGUCAGUGAAGAUGGUCAUUGGAAGUUGGGUGGAAUGGAAACUGUGUGCACAUUUUCUGAAGCAACUCCUGAAUUUCUUUCAGCUAUAAAAAAUGUUAGAGAUGACAGUUGUGUUCCACCAGAGGAACAGGUUGAAGGUUUUGCCAUGCUUCCUGAAGAAUAUGCUCAUUCCAGAGACUGUUACUCUUUUGGGGUACUGGUUGAGACCCUUGUCCCUUUGCUGGAUAGUUAUGUAACACAAGACCUAGUAGACAGUUUAAAAAAGUCUUUGCUUGCUGGUCCACUAAAUACAGACCCAUCAUGUAGGCCACCACUCACCUCUCUGCUCACACAUGAUUUCUUCAGAAAUGACUUUCUGGAAGUGAUAAACUUUUUGAAGAGUUUGACUUUAAAGACAGAAGAAGAGAAGAAUGAAUUCUUCAAAUUUUUACUAGACCGGAUCCAGAGCCUUCCUGAGGAGCUCAUAGCCUCUCGCCUUGUCCCUGAACUGCUCACCUCUCUCGUUUUAGCAGAACCCAUGGCAGUCAGGAGUUUCCUCCCUCAUCUUCUAAAGCCAAAGACAGAAUCCAGUGGCAGUGACAGCUCAGAGGAGUGCCUGCUUUCUCUGCCCCUUUAUCGAAAACAUGUGAUUCCUCAACUUCUGAAGCUUUUUAAAGUCAAGGAGGAACACAUUAGGAUGGUGCUUCUGGCCCAUAUCCACAUCUACUCUGAGUUCUUUUCCCAAGACGAACUUAAAAACCAGAUCCUACCUCAGGUCUUGCUGGGAAUGAGGGACACCAAUGAUUCCCUGGUUGCAAUGACACUGCAGGGUCUGGCUGUGCUGGUGCCACUACUUGGAGCUCAAGUUGUUGUUGGAGGAGAAAGAAACAAGGUCUUUAAACGCACUACCCCCAACUUCAGCAAGUCAACUGAAGUCACCCCUGAAAAUUCACCUGUACACAAUGUUGGAGUCUGUCAGCCACAAAUAGCCCAGCCAGCAAAAGUCUUGAAUUUGUUUGCCAAAUCUUCAUUAGAGGAAGUCUCUUCAAAAGUUUAUCCCCUGCCAUUUAAAUCAGAGGUCAGUAGGCAGCUGUCCCUUCCACUGAAUGGAUUUCACCACAACUCUGAAGUGGAGUCGCAAUCAUACCAUCCAGAGCAGCCCAGCAGAGCAGAGAGGCCAGUGGAGGACUGGCCUGACUGGAGUGACCCUGAGGACACAGACAUUGGAGAGGGCAAACCGGUUAGGAUCCAGAUUGAGUCUUCUACUGGAGUAGCCCCAGACAGCAGCAGGGUCCCCGCACACAGCACAGAGGAGCCAUGGGAGGACUUUGAAGACACUGAACCUACACCAGAUCUAUCUCCAACUGCUCCUGUCCCAGACACUCUUACAUUAGAUCAACCCAAAUCAGUGAAUACUACACCUACAAAAUAUAAACCAUCUUCAAAACCCCUAAAGCUUGCAUCCACCUUACAACAAACCACUCAGAGCAAUGACCACUCCUCAUGGGAUAAUAGCUGGACUCAGACAGAGUAUUCAAGCAAGCCAUCCAACCCCAAGCUAAAAAGUGGUAGUGUGGGAGGGUUGGGAGAAGAAUUCACAAUCAAGGUGAAAAGAAAAGUAGAGCAGGACCCUGAGCUGGACUUAUUUGCAGAUAUGGUGCCAGACAUCAAACUUUCAUCUCCAGCUAUGCUCACAGAGGAGAUCAGUGGACUGUCCAAAUCUGUGAGUGAAAACUCCAAGCCACUAGACCAAGAUUUAUCUGGUGAUACUUUCAAUGCCAAGUUUGCUGCCGUCAGUACGACUGAGAAUGAUGCUGAUGGUUGGGUCGAUGAUGAUGACUUGAACUGGGAGGAUGAAAAUGCCUGGUGAAUCCAAAGGCAGUGAAGACAAGAAGGGAUUUAUAUAAUUUCAACAUUACCAGCUAUAUUCAAGGAUAAUAAGCAUUUUGUAAAUGCUGUCUGGACUUUCAGUCAAUUAUGGAAGAAAUAUUUUACAGGAUGUACAAACACAAGCAGACCUGCAUUGGCAAUUGGUAGUACAAUAGUUACAAAGUCAUGGAUGAAAUUCAAACUGACACUUUUUUGUUUAUGUGCCAUAGUUUAACUGGUAUGAUUUCAUCAAGGGGUUGCACUUUGAAUCAAUGUGAAAUAAAGUACAUAAUUUAUUAGUAUUUGAUUGUUGGUGAAAUAAAUAUUUUGUUAAUCUCUA